AUGACUAGUAACACAUCCCGUCGUCAUCCAUUAAAACGUGUUCGACCAGACAAUGAAAAUCAGGGUUCAUUUAUUUCUUCUAAUGAACAAACAAAGAAAAAACUUUGUCGACAAUCUUCCGAAGAUUCUGCAUUUGUUGAAAAUGAGAAAUCGUCUGAUGAACGUGCAUUUGAUCUGUUUCGCAAUGAAUAUUUCCUUCAAUUUCGUCCAUAUUUCAAACAUCGUCCGAUCGUUACUCAAUUUAUUGAACAUCUUUGGUCCAACAUGACCGAACCUGGCAAGGUAUCAUUUGUCAAGAAGAUUCUCAAAGAACAAGGAAUUUACGACAUUUCAUCACGAAAUUUUCAUGAAAAUGAAACAUUUUCCAAUGAUGAAAAUGAUUUUCAAAUCAAUAAAUCCUUGAACGAAAAUCGAGCAAAUCUUCCUACAUGGAAAACAGACAAUAAUUACAGUCGAAGUUUUAUAAACGAUCUUUUAAACUACAUGAAAUAUUCCAUCACACCUCGAUUUACUGAUAAAAAAUUAUCGGCGAAAAUUCCUGCUCCACUUCGACGAUCUUCACGUAUACGUCGAGCACCGAGUAAAUGUUCUUGUUCAUCGUGUAUAACAACGCACGGAUCUGAAGAACACUCGACGUCUAUGUCGAAUCUGGUUGAUGGUUCAGAAUAUCGAAUGUUUCAACAUUUGAUUGAUCAUUUUCAUCAACUUGAUGAUCAACUUGAACAUCGUUCAACUGAAGAUCCAACUCCAAUGCCGCUAAGCGAAAUCAAUGAAUCAAUCACCGCUCCAAUAGUAUCCGAAGUUCCAAUUGAACAACCGUCAUAUUCAACUGAAUACUCAACUGAUUCAGCAAUAACUUCAGCUGAAAAUGAUUGUUCAAUUAACAAUUCAGAUGAACGUCCAACACGACGUACUUAUGUUAUAUUAACAGAGCUUGAUGAACCAUUUUUUGGUCCUUAUUCAAUUGAAUUUACUAUAACAAUUUAA